CUAUCAGCCAUGAUGACAUGCACACAGCACUCUGCGGUGACUGCCCAGAAGUCUUUGCAGUUCCUUUGUGCAGCUCGUUUCACUGUGUUUAAAAAAAAUGUGUCGUUUAACUGUUUGAGUACUGAAUUUCCUUUUUAGAGUGCACUGAUAAUUUGAAUCAUUACAUGGAUAGAGCUGAUUCCUUGGUACCAAGUCUUGCUUGAUUACAAUUCUACAGAUGUGGUUCAACUUGCAGAAUCUCCACAUUCUUCAUGUAUAUGCCAAACCAAUGAGUGCCCCUCCCCCAUCCAGAACAACUGCUUACAUAACAAAGGAGUCAACUUUCUUACUGAACUAGAAAGUAUUAAGGCAAAUUUAUCUUUUGGAUGCUUUACUCUCAAUUCAAGGAGGGGCUUUGCACACCAAUAAACUGACGAUCAUGGGGGAUAUGAAAACCCCAGAUUUCGAUGACCUGCUUGCUGCAUUUGACAUCCCAGACAUGCAGGUCGACCCAAAAGCAGCAAUUGAGUCUGUACACGAUGAGAAUGAAGGACACCUGAAACAGAGCAUCCCCGUGGAUGAGGAUGCCCAGGUCCCCUCGGCCCCCGACGGCGUAGUGAGUGUGAUUGUGAAAAAUAUCCGAACGCUUGACUCGUGUGAGGCUGUGGCUGCGACAACAGAAACCUCGACUCUAGACAAAGAAAACCAUCAUUCUUCAGGCAAUGGCUUACACAAUGGCUUCCUCAGUGUGACUAACUUGGAUGGGUAUUCUAAGGAGUCAGACGGCAAGUCAACUAGGUGUGAAGGCUCCCCAGGCACUGAAGCUAAACUAGAUUUGUCACGAGCCGAGACCAUCGAUGGCCCUGGGGCAGGAAUCAAAGACUCUGCAUUUAACCAGUUCAGCCCCAUUUCCAGUGCAGAAGAGUUCGAGGAUGAUGAUAAAAUAGAAGUUGAUGAUCCUCCGCACGUCAAAGAGGAGAGCCAGUCGGUUUUUCAAGCAAACACGCAUCCGGGUCCCACUGCCGAGCGAGAAGGUGAGAAGCCGAGGAAGCCGGGAGUGGAGACCAUGGUCAAGCAGGACGCGCCCGUCCCAGAAGCUGAAGAAAAGGGUAAGAUAUUGAAAAGCAGCAGAGAGUGUGAAAGCCCCGGUGUUAAUUCAGGGAUUCUUGAGACAUUUAAAGUCCGAAAUGUGGACGAGAAAUUGUCUGACGAGGAUGCUGAAAAGAGUUUUAAAAAUUCUGCUGAGAAGCAGCUUGAUAACAGAAUCCUCGAUGGCAAAAGUGGUGAGAAAACUGGAGUGAAUGUUACUUGUCCUUCAAACCUUAGGGCUAAGUCCUCCUCCAAGCUUUCCUCGUGCAUUGCGGCAAUUGCUGCUUUGAAUGCUAAAAAGGCUGCAGCAGAUAUCAAUAAGGAACCUCAGUCUGUCUCAAGGGGGCCUUCUCCAGUUUUAAAAGAAUCUCGAGAAAGCCCUAGAGUCACUGAAAAGUCUCCAGAGGGCCCUCAGAGCCCAAUGGAAGUGGUGAAGAAAGUUGCCAUCAAACAGCCCGAUAGCCCCCGGAGUGUGUCAAGUGAAUGUAGCAUGAAAGGGUCCCCUUCCUCUCCUGCAAGCUCACCACCCGCAAUCCCCAAGGUCCGCAUCAAAACCAUCAAAACGUCAUCUGGUGAAAUUACCAGAACGGUGACCAGAAUCAUGCCAGAUGUUGAGCAAGAGCUUGGUAGAAGAGGACCAGAACAGGCAAACUCCUUGGUUGUCUCAUCACUUUUGUCGUCUCCACCUACUGAGUCUGCUGUAUCCUCGCCUCCUACGACACCAAUGCAAUCGGCUCUUGUUACAGCUUCUAAUUCAGUAAUGUCUCCUGACGUUGCUCAGAAACAGGUUACAAUUAAACCUGUUGCCACUGCUUUCCUUCCAGUGUCUGCUGUGAAGACGGCAGGAUCGCAGGUGAUCAACCUGAAGUUUGCGAAUAACACUACAGUCAAAGCCACCGUCAUUUCUGCUGCCUCAGUUCAGAGUGCCAGCAGUGCCAUCCUGAAAGCUGCUAAUGCAAUGCAGCAGCAAACAGUGGUGGUCCCGGCAUCCAGCCUCGCAAAUGCCAAACUUGUGCCAAAGACUGUCCACCUCGCUAAUCUUAACCUUUUGCCUCAAACUGCCCAAGCGACUUCUGAACUUCGUCAGGUGCUUUCCAAAACGCAGCAGCCCAUAAAACAGGCUCUAAUCACUGCUGCUUCCACCCAGCCAACUAAAAAAGUAUCUCGAGUUCAUGUGGUGGCCUAUUCCCAGAAUGCUGUGGUUGAGACAUUUAAUAAGGUGCUGAGCAGUGUAAAUCCAGUCCCUAUCUACACGCCUAACCUCAAUCCUCCAACAAAUGCUAAUAUUAGUAUACCACUUCGUGGAUACAAAUGCUUAGAAUGUGGUGACUCAUUUGCUUUGGAGAAGAGUUUGGCACAGCAUUAUGACCGGAGAAGUGUGCGGAUUGAAGUCACGUGUAACCACUGUGCAAAGAACUUGGUCUUUUUCAACAAGUGCAGUCUUCUUUCUCAUGCUCGUGGGCACAAGGACAAGGGUGUGGUUAUGCAAUGCUCUCAUCUGAUUAUGAAACCCAUUCCUGCGGACCAGAUGAUCAUUCCCAGUUCCAGUAACAGUGUAUCUUCCACUACUAUCUCUGCACCGGUCUUGACGUCUGCAGGCAGCACUGCCGGUGCCGUGGCGAAAACUGUUGCAAGCAUACCCAGUGCGGUGAUCUCUGCGCCUGCCAAUGCUCCCAUUCUCCCAGCAAUGCCCCUGGACGAGGAUCCAUCAAAGCUUUCCCGAUAUGGCAUGAAGUGUUUGGAGUGCAGUGAGACAUUUCUGGAUGAGAUUUUGCUUGCCACGCAUUUCCAACAUGCUGCAGAAGCAGGCGGACAGACGUGUCAUAUAUGCCAGAUGUUACUUCCCAACAAGUGCAGUUUCUCAUCGCACUUAAGAAUACAUCAGCACAAGUCUCCAUACACAUGUCCGGAAUGUGGAGCGAUAUGCAGGUCCUCGCACUUUCAGACUCAUGUCACCAGGAAUUGCCUGCACUACACCCGUAAAGUGGGAUACCGUUGUAUACAUUGUGGUGUUGUCUAUGCUGACCUAGCUGCCCUGAAAUCUCAUAUCCAAGGUACCCACUGUGAGAUCUUCUACAAAUGUCCUAUCUGCCCCAUGGCUUUCAAGUCGGCACCAAGUACUCAUUCACAUGCCUACACACAGCACCCAGGCAUCAAAAUAGGAGAAGCUAAAAUAAUCUACAAGUGCUCCAUGUGUGACACAGUGUUUACUCAGCAAACCUUGCUGUGCAGCCAUUUUGAUCAACAUGUUGCUAAGCAGAAAGUUUCAGUCUUCAAGUGCCCAGAUUGUGCAUUGCUAUAUGCACAGAAACAGCUCAUGGUGGAGCACAUUAAGACGGUGCAUGGCACACUCAAGAGUAUUGAGGGUCCUCCCAACCUGGGACCUCAACAACCAUUGGUCACAAAACCAGUAACUACGUCAGCAGGACAGAACAAAACUGAUGGGAAUGCUGUAAAUGGCACUGAUCGGCUUGGGAAGAAACCUUCAGUGGUUGUGAGGAAAUCUGGGAGCCGCUCAAAAGCAAAUAACCCUGGUUGGAUGUGUCAAGACUGUGAGGAAUGGUUUCCUGAACGAGAGGACUACAUUUCUCAUAUGAAAAAAGACCAUGGAAAGCAAAUGAAGAAGCACCCAUGUCGUCAAUGUGAGAAAUCCUUCAGCUCUUCGCAUAGUCUCUGCCGGCACAAUCGCAUCAAGCAUAAAGGCAUCAGAAAAGUAUACACAUGCUGGAACUGCCCAGACUCAAAACGUACAUUUACCAAAAGGUUUAUGCUGGAGAAACACAUUCGACUCAUGCAUGGUAUUAAAAAUCCUGAUAUGACACAGAUGACGGAGCCGACGACCAUAAUGGAAUCCCUAAAGAAAGAAGAGAACAAGAUGCCAUUACCACCGAAGCGGAAGUUGGAGGAUGCAAUAGUGGAGCUUAGACCUCCGCCCAGAGGAGCCAUUACGCAGCCUUUGAAGAAGCUGAAAAUCAAUGUCAUCAAACUUAACAAAUGUGCUGUAUGUGGCUUCACCACAGAGAAUGUAACUCAGUUCCAAGAGCACCUACCCCAGCACAAGACUGAUGGCUCCACCUUCCAGUGCAGGGAAUGUGGCCUCUGUUAUACCUCUCUCCAGUCUCUGACCAGACAUUUGUUCAUUGUCCACAAGAUGAAGAAUGCCCAGCAAGUUGCCAGGCAGAAUGGGGCCAGGGAGGAGAACGCAGCAGACAGCAAAAUGAGCCUGGAGGAUAAUCAGGCUGAGUUGAUGCUCACGGACAAAAAGUGUAAAGUUUGCUUCAAAACAUUUGAAACUGAAGCAGCCUUGAACACACACAUGCGGACUCAUGGCAUGGCUUUCAUAAAAUCCAAACGCCUGUGCACAUCAGAGAAAUGAGGAGCAACUCUCUUGAAAUGACAGUUAGUUAACAAACAGUAGAGGUGACUUCAUGCAGAAGGGACUGUUUUGAUUGGGACAAACUCCCCCUUGUUGCAGCUUUUAUUGGAAUGUCAUACAAACCCCUGUAACACCUCACUUGUACAGACUGUAUAUGUUGUCCAACAUCACUUCGAAGCUCUAAUUUGAUUAAACGAAAAACUCAACACCUUUGAAGGAGCAUACAUUUUUUUGUACAGUUAUGAUACAUAAUUACUUCAUUUUUAUGCUGCAUAACAUAGAGUUCUGUCAUCACAAACCUUGCUCAUUUUUGGUCACCAUGUAUUGAAUUUGUCUUCAGCAUUGCAAAAUUAAUGAUAUUCAUUGCAUUUAUUUAAAGAAAAACAAAGGGGAAUUGAAUUUCAAUUAACCAGAUUUUGUUAAAAUGUUGUUUACUUAUCUUAAGCUGCUUGAUCUGAAUAUUGUCUUUUUAAAUUAGAAGUUUGUUUUUGAUGGACCAAAUUAAACAGGGAUGUAUUGUAUCAUCACUGUACUUUGAUAAAUUGAUUUGUUGUUCAAAUAUACAGUUCGUUGAAGGAAAACAAAAGGCUUCAGGAAAAUAACCCAAGGAGGAAUGUUUGUGUUGGUGUCCAAGUCUGAAAGCCAUGAAUGUUUGUGGGCAACUUGAUAUUUAUUUUUUAAAAUGCUGACGAGUGUUAGUUUUCUUGCAGUUAACGAUGAAGGUCUUUUGAGAGUAAUUAGCAAUGUGGUUAGUAAGUGUGUAUGCUUGUGUGUAUUCACACGAGUGCGUGCUCAUGUGCCUGUCCAUGUGUGAUUGUUCAUGUGCAUAUUUGUGUGUGCGUGUUUGUGCACCAAUGACUAGGUGCCUGUCAUGCAGAAAUUGGGCAGUUGUGAACUGGACUGCCACACUGGUUCAGAUUCUACUUAUUAAAAGUAAUAACAUUUGAGUGCAGUCAUACAAAUUUUGCAGAGCAGCUUUAUGCUUCCUGACAAAUUGGCCUAAGGUCAUUGGUUAUCCCUGGUGGCCUGUAAUUUUAUUUCAUACCAGCUCACUCAUCUUAUCAAGUCAAGGAUGGGUUUACACAGGCAUUAUAAACUAAACAGGUACAGCACCGAUCACCUUGGCUUCAGCCAUUCAGAAGAAAAUUUUAUCUUGGAAUUCUGAUACCAUGGAUACAUUGCAACUGUCAAGCAUGCCCAAACAAUAAUCCAUAGGCAACAUCAAACUGGAGGCUUUAAAAAUCUGUUUGUCACUGCUUGAUUGUCAGAGAAUUCUAUGGAGGAGCCUGAACAUCACCGUACCAGACUGUACUGCCAGUCCAAUGGUGAGAAAACAGACACUAAAGAAAAUAUUGAUUAAUUAUUUUGUAUGUGGCUUGCAAAAUUCCAUAUGAAGCACCCAGAUGCCCCUUAAAUGCAAAUAUAAUCUUAGACACAUUUGGUUUAGGCUACUGUAACGUACUAACUUGCUUUAGUGUCUCCUUCGGUAUUAUGGUGUCACCCAGUGGCGAAAGUUCAGAAAUACAGCUAGUAAUAUUCAAAUUGACGAAGAAAUUAAGCAAUAAUGAAAGUUUCUAAAAAUUGCACAACUAAAAGCUAAGAAAAACAGAGAAAAUUGGCUGACCAAUAAUACUGAAGUUAAGACUGGUGUUUUUCAGUGUACACUUGAAUCUUGCAAGAGUAAGCUUUAAUAGCUGGUGAAAAUACUUCUGCUAUCUUCAAUUGGUAAACUUUAACAUUUUACGUGGCAUAGUGAAGUUGCUAUUUUGUUUAAAAGAAGUUCUACUUUAAGAAUCAAACAGGACAGACAACAGGAAACCAAACGAGACUGAUGAUCAUUUUUUCUUUAAUAUUAAUGAUUUUGAUUUAUUUUGCACAGUUUAGCAUUUUCCUGUAAUUAUAGAAAAAUAUUUUGAUAGUAUCUUCUGAUUUAACUAGCUUUUUAUGAAGUCUGACGAGAUUGUUUUCCUGCAGUAAACACUUUUUAAUUUAAUUACUACAGGAUGAUAUAACUGUUCCCAAUUCUAAGUGAGUUUGGUGGUCAUCUCUAGUCCUAUGAUAGUAAUAUGGUUCUACCCUUUGUCUGGUAAAGAGCUUCUUUUUCUCUCCAAGAUUUUCUGAGAUUAUUGUGAACUAUCUGUUCUGUGAGGGUAUAGUAGAGAAAGACAGUAACGAUUUCAUGCUACACCAUAACUGUCUGUAGAAGAGCCAGGAAAUGUUUAAAGAGUACUGUUGUAUUGCCAAAUUGCCUUAUAGAAUGCAAUUACGUGUUUUUAAAUGAAAGAGAAUACACUGAUAUGCAUCAUGCUGGGCACAAAUACUGUUUUUCUCCUGGGUUUGAUAGGGUAUUAGAAGGACUGGGGUAUAGUGUGUGCGUAAAUUGUCUUUUCACCUCUGGUGAAUCUGGGUUCGGAGCCUAAAUUGAUGGAUUAUCAGUUUUCUUUAUCACCAUCAACAGUCCAAUGUGAAAUAAUUUCAAUCUAGUGGUCUCUUAUGUGGCACUUACAGGCAUUAAAUUAGCAGUUUUAGUCAGAAGUCUGGGAUUACUAAUUAUCACAAAAUGGUGAUACAUGGAAACAGCACAUUGAUAUAAUAGGAGAGACUUCUCAAAGCUGGGAUAAUAGCACACAGUUGUCGAAAAUAAAGGAAGCUUCACUGAGUUUAAAACAAAACCAAAUAAGUAUUGGCAAAAACUAAAGUAAUAAUAGAGAUUGUGACGUAAUAGAUUGAACCAUCCAGAAGAAAAAUUAAAUUUGAUAAAUUCAAUAUUUUUAAAUAUAAGAUCUAGAGGUUCCUCAUCUGCAGUGCAAACUUCUCCAAACAGAAUUAGCACACCAAGAUUGUCAAAGCAGUUUAGUCAGGAAAGCAUUGACCAUGUCCUUUUCAUUCCUUGUGUUGCUCAACAUUCCAAUUUACCUGAAUUUUUAAUGUUUUUUUUAAAAAGCUGCAGCUGCCAGACUCCUUGUUAUUUGGUUAUCCUGUACAUUUGGUUAUUCUGGGUCUCUGUAGUUUAACUUUCAUUUUGUCAUGAUAACUUGUAAAAAUACUGAACCCUUUCUUUUAGAACUAAAAGUAAACCAGAUCUGCUGGUACACAGACAUUAUAAACGGAGUGCUGCAAAGACAAUUUUCAGAAUGGAUCGCAUGAAACCUGUUUAGAAAAAAAAAAAUCAAGAAUAAUUAUUAAAUUGGAUUUUAUCAUGUUGGAUUUGGUGUACAAUAGGUGAAUGUUAUAUUUUUGUAUUUUGAUUGUUAUAAAUUGUAGAAUUCAAAUGUUUUACUACAAUAUACAGAUAUCCAUCCUGGAAUGUAUUCCCCAAUGUAUUUUUUUUUAAAUAAAGAAGUACUGUGCCAGGGAAUUGAUUAUGUGCAGGAUUGAUUAUUCUACCUUAUCAUUCCCAGUACAGCACGGAUAAAAGUCCAAUCUCCAUUAUUUGUUGUUACUGUUGAUUGUUCUUCCAGAUCUUUUUCAGCUUUAGUGAACAGAUGACUGCUCUGGGCCUCACAUAAUAGCAAUGAGCUCUACUUUGCAAUUGACGUGAAUUUUGUUUUAAUUGACCAAUUCCUUAAUUGGGCCCUUCAAUUGUACUUGAUUAUCCUUAAGAGAGUUGUAUUUUUAAAUACAGUGACUCAGCCAAACGGGAGGGUCAUUUCCAUUAAAUGUUUGUAGCUAAUGUGGCAAGAAACUCAAGCAGGCCAGAGUGACAAUAGACAAUGCCAUGGCAUCAGUUAUAUUAUCACUGGGUUCUCUGAGGAGUUUAAAUCUGGAUAGAUUCAGCAUUUUAUCAGCAGGUAACAUAAAUGACAUUUUCAACAAGGCUGCAAUGAGCAGAAAGUAUUACACAGGAUAAAAAGCACUCUUCUGUUUCACAAUUGUAAAUUGCUCCUCAUUCAAGUUUAAGCUUCUCAUCAUCAUUUUUUUUGAGGCUUUUAUAUCUUGUCUGUUUAGUCCAAUAAAAAUUUUGUACUUUUUAAAUUUUUUUUGUUGAUGUAGACUUUAAUGGCAUGAAAAAAAUGUAGCCAUUGUCUUGUUAUGUUCCUAGGGCAUGUCUUGCUGCUGUCAUUGAUAGUAAAAUUUGUCAGUUGUAAUCUUACCAGAGUUUAAACAUUUAAUAAAUGUUUAAAGUAUUUAAAGAGA